UCAGAUGAACGAGGAGAUAUUCAAAAGAAAACCUUCAGCAAGUGGGUUAAUGCACAACUAGUCCAGGAAUCCAAGCCCCCAAUUCAGGACUUAUAUUCAGACCUACGAGAUGGAUCAAUUCUUCUUGCGCUACUUGAAGUACUCAGCGGACAAAAAUUAAAACGAGAGCGAGGUUUUAUGCGAGUGCAUCAACUGAACAACGUCAACAGAGCUUUGCAAGUAUUACAUCAAAACAAGGUACGCUUGGUGAAUAUUAGCAGUAAUGAUAUCGUUGAUGGCAACUCCAAGCUAACUCUUGGUCUAGUGUGGAGCAUCAUAGCUCACUGGGAGGCCAAAGCUGUCUUAAAAGAUACUGACAAUAGUAUGGAAGAGCAGUACGAAAAGACUGUAUUAACAUGGUGUAAAGAAGCAACACGAGGUUACGAGCGUGUAGAUGUCAAAAACUUCACCAGUAGCUGGAGAGAUGGUUUAGCCUUUAAUGCCAUCUUACAUAGACAUAGACCUGACCUUUUUGUUUAUCACGACCUUUUAAAGGACGAGCCUGAAGCAAGACUAGAACAUGCCUUCACAGUAGCACAUAGCCAUUUCAACAUAGAUAGACUCUUAGAUCCAGAAGACAUCAAUGUGGGCCAACCAGACAAGAAGUCUGUGUUGAUGUACGUAACGUCCCUUUAUAAAGUACUAUCUAGCCAAAGCACCUUGAUACAAGACACUGACCGAGUAGUCGGGUCUCAAACUUCACUCAAUCUCAGUCGCAGUUCAGCGCAGGAGAGUUUUACUACUGCAUCACCAGACCUAUCAUUAUCCGACAUGAGUGAGAUAGACAUAGAGAGCUACCAGGGGAACAUGGAGACUGUGUUGGCCUGGCUCCUGAAUGCAGAGAGCCACCUGGAGCAUGAGGAGGAGGUCUCUACCAAUGUAGAUGAGGUCAAGGAGCAGUUCCACGUACAUGAGAAAUUCAUGGUUGAGCUGAUGACCCAUCAGAACAGUGUUGGGAGUGCCCUACAGGAGGGAAACCAUCUCAUCAUUGAAGAAAAGGUCAACGAGGAGGAGGAGAGUGAGAUUCGAGAGCAGAUGACGCUGCUCAACAGCCGCUGGGAAGCUCUUAGGUUAUCAGCUAUGGAAAGACAGUCACUAUUACAUGAAGUACUAAUGCAGCUGCAACAGAAACAGUUAAAAGACUUGAGAGAUUGGCUGACCAAAACAGAGCAAUUCAUUGAUGAUAGGAGCUUCAUUGGGGAUUGCUUGGAAGCUGUCAAUAAACAGAUUGAUGAUAUAAGGGAUCUUCAGGAGGACCUUGAAAAGCAGCAGAGACAGGUUAAUUCUCUUUCUCACAUGGUGGUAGUUGUCGAUGAGAGCAGUCCAGAAAAUGCAACUGCAGUGCUAGAAGAGCAACUGACCAGUCUUGGAGAGCGUUGGGCCAGCGUGUGCCAGUGGACCGAACAGCAGUGGUCAGUACUGCAAGAUGUUCAGCUCCAGUGGCAGCGAUAUGCAGAUGCCCAGCGCCAGUUUGAAGACUGGUUGAGCAAAGCAGAAUCUUCGCUGGCCAUUAUGAGACUGACCCAGCCACACUCAGACACGGAUGCUAUGGAGAUGCUCAAGAAGAUCAAGGCUCUAGAGCAGGUGCUUGAGUUGCAACAUAGCGAGUUCUGCCGUCUGAACACGCUGGCUCAGAACAUUGUACAACACCUUGAAGAGGACCAUCCUGGAGUGGCCAGCAUCCAGACUGCCUUGGAAGACUUCUCACAGCGAUGGGACAGCAUCGUCCAACAGAUGGAGGACCAGUCCAAAGUGGUUGCCAGCAGCGGCUUCAACCUCAACAUCACCCCCGUCACCGACGAGAUUAACUCCACCACCACCACCACCACCUACUCACACAACGAUGCGGUCGUCACAGAGACCCUGCUGACUAAGACCAUCCACCAGACCGUCCAUGUUUCCUCUCCAACCUCAGCCUCCUCACCGUCACCUCCCCCGAUGGGUGGGGCUAGGAAGAGGUCCAACGAGGAUAGUGAGUUAAGACGGAGGUUUGACGGGGAGCUGGGCAGUCUGGUGGCAUGGGUAGAGGAUACAGAGCAGAGGAUCAUGUCAGAGGACGAACCGACCCCUGAGACACCUGACUUGGACCUGUGCAAGACAAUCUAUGAAAACCUUGACCAUGAUUGGGAGGAGAGGAAGAGUAGGGUCAAGACGGUAUCAGAGCUUGCUGAUAAGCUCAUAGAUCUCACACAGGAAGAUGGUGCUUCACCAGAACAAAUCCAGCACUCCGUGAAGAGCUUCCAGAAUCGCUGGAAUGAUGUACAUGUGAUGUUGGAUGAUCGGAAGCGCAAGUUAGACCAGGCCGUGCGGCACCAGGCGUUUGAAACGGAGUUGAAGCGGUUGCAGCAGGCCAUAGAACCUAUCAAGCAAUGGCUAGAUGAGGACUUAGAACCAGUGACCGAAGACCUUCAGAGAAUCAAGAUGCAACUAGAUCAGUGCAGGGCCAAACAGACUGAACUAGCAAUCAAUGCCAGCCACAUGGAGCGACUAUCCACCACUGCUGCAGCCCUGGUGACCUUUGACUCCACUCUCUCCCGAUCGACCAACCGUGACCUCAAGGAGUUCCGCCAUCUUUGGGACACGACCCGGGAGCAUCUAGAUGAGAGAGAGAAGCUCCUGACAGAGGCAAUGAACAGCGCCCCUCCUGCUCGAUACCUUGAGGCGCUCAAGGCACUCACCCAGUGGUUAGCCAGCGUGCAGGAAGCCUUGAAGGAGGAGGAGAUCUUUGUGUCUGAUCUGGAUGAGCUGGAGGAUCAGUUGCAAAGAUACAAGGAGGUUGAAACGACGAUAGGUGAGCAACGCUCCAGCUAUGACUACGUUAACAGGACCGGCAAGGAGCUAGUAGUGGCUGCCAGGACCUCCAAGCAAGCUGAGAACAUUCAGAAGGAUGUAACUCAACUCAAUAGAAACUGGGAAGAUGUGACCAGGCUAUGUGAGGACAGAAAGGCCCUUCUAGAUAGGUCCAUCAAUGAACUUAGACUCUGGCUGGAUGAAGUGAGUGGUCUAACCAGUUGGAUGGAUGACCUUGACGUGUUCUUCACAGCGGAGGAGGUUGCCAUGGGUGAUAUAGAUGUACUCAAGGACCAACUGGAUCAGAGCAAGUGCCUUGAAGAUGAUAUCAAAACCUUGCAGUCCAAUAUGGACAACAUCCUAGAGACGGGAGAACGUCUCAUCCGGGACGGUGACCCCGCCUUCUCAUCCCGCACACGAGGCGAGCUCGACGACCUCCACCAGCGAUGGAAGAGAGUCACGGGUCUCGCCACAGAGCAUCGAACAAACCUCACCGAAGCCUACCAAAGAUGUCAAACUCUCAAAGCUAAUAUGCAAGACUUAGGGAGCUGUCUGGACCGAUGCGAGGCAGACCUGGAUCCUGGCAAGAAGUUCUCCAUCCAAGAUCCAGCUGAGAUCCAGACCCAGCUGAAGAAAUAUAUGAGUGCCUUGGAGGAGCUGGAAGCCAAGGAGAAGGUCAUCACUGAGAUCCAGGAGGUCGCUGAGAAGGUCAACCAGAGUUCAGAGGUCAAGACCUUAGUUGAGAGGUGGACAGUAAUGAGAGCUCAAGUCACUGCCAAACACAAGAUUUUAUCUGAUGCCUCCGGGAGCUGGAAGAGACUGAAGCAGAUGCUAACGGAAGAAGUGAUCUGGAUGGACGGCUUUGAGAAGAAGCUUUGUAGCCCAUCUAGCAGUCUGGAUGCGGAGGAGAUAUCGGAGGAGAUUGAUGCUCUUGAAUCCACUGUUAUGAAGCAUGUUGGAGACAACAAGGACCUUAUCACAGAGCUUGCAGAUAACCUCAUUGCUCAAGGCAUCAUGAUUGUAACCAUUGAGAGAGAAGUCAAACAGUUCAAGGAGAGGACUGAGGACAUCUCACAACAGGCAAAGACCAGACAGGAGAAGUUGGAGAACAAUGUCCAGCUCCUCCAGCGGCUUGAAAAGGACAUGCUGACCCUACAAAAUUGGAUAUCUUCAGCUGACCGUACCCUCAAUGCUCGCUUGACCGCUCGACUAUCAGCCAUUGACCUGCCUGACGAGUAUGAGCAAUGGAAGGUUGAGCUUGACUUGAGAGAGACCGACUUCAUCAACAUCAACACAAGAGCCAAAGCACUGAUGGAACAAACUGCUUCAUCGGCUAAUCUGAGACUACAGCAACAAGUAGAGAUACUCAGGAAAAACCUUGAUGAUGUCCAUGGCAAGUUCCGUAGGUUCCAGAAGCCGGCCGACUUUGAGCCCAAGAUGGCCCACGUGAAGGAGAUCUUGGACUCAGUCAUGGAAGGUAUUGGAGUCCUGGAACUUCGCAAUGGAGAACCAGAGGUGAUUCAGACCCAGCUUGAUGCUUGCAUGGGUUUCUACAAGACAAUGAGUGAGGUCAAGCCUGAGGUAGAGUAUGUGAUCAAGACAGGACGAGCUCUGGUUGAGAGGGAGAGAGGAGAGGCUCAGCUACAGCUUACUGAACGACUCAAUCAACUUAAAAAGCAGUACAAUGAACUGGGGGCAAAGGUCACGGAUGGAAAGAGCAAGCUAGAUAGGGCACUCAAAAUCUCACGUAAGCUGAAGAAAGAACUGACGAUACACCGUGAUUGGCUACAGGAGGCCGGUAUCACCAUCGACAAACGUUCGGCUGAUGAUAAACCGGGCCAAGCACCUCAAAGUCUGAAUGAAGAACAGGAGUGGUGUAAGUUGACGGACCAGGACAUCAGCAAACACAAGAGGGCCUUGAGUGAUGCCUUGGUGCUGUCGGAGCAGCUUACUAAGCUGUCUCCAGAGGGCGGUCUUGAUGCAAUGAAGGUUGAUGCGGAGGCACUGCAGCAUCAGGCGGGAGAGUUAGAAGAAAAGCUGGCCAAGAGGAGAGCACAUAUACAGACCUACCAGGAUCAAUUGAUGACGUUCCGUGGUGACCUAUCAGGGGUCAAGGAGUGGCUUGGGGAGGCUCAGACGAAGCUGGAUCAAUCUAAGAAGCUGGACAGAGAGGAGUUAGUCAGUGAGCAGGAACGUCAAGCAUACCAGAGGCUACAAGAUGAGGUGGAUGACCUCACCCACAGAAUAGAGGAGGUGAGAGACCAGGCUCUGGAGUUGAUGAAACUUGGCGGAGAUUGCCGUCGAUCUACAGAACCAGACCUCAUUGCUCUUAACCAGAAGUGGGAACAAGUCUGUAAGGGAAUUAAGGAACAGCAAGUCAAGCAGAAGCAGACAGCCCAAGAGCUUGAAGGAGAAUCCCGGCUCCGUGCUCAGGCAGAGGCGGAGCAGAAGGAGCAGAAGGAGCAACAGCAACAAGAGCUACAGGAGAGGCUCCUUCAGCAACAGCAGGAGACUGUGGUAGACUCCAAACCUAUCAGCAUCUCAUCUACACCACCAGCUGCAGCUAACCUCAACAACAACAAUGCAGAUGUAAUUGUGAAUGAGGCACCGCUUCAAGAAGAGAGAGUGAAUGUGGUGCAGACGGUACCAGUGCAAUUGACGAAGCUGGAGCAAGCAGCGCCCCCACCUGACAGGAUGGAGGUGGAUGAACAGAUAGAGAAGCAGGAGGUCACAACCGUUGAAUGUGCCCCUACCAACCUGGAGGACAUGUUCCAAGGCAUGAAGGACCAGGAUGCAACCCCCAUGAAACCACCGACAUCGUCGACCACCAUGGAUGUCAAUGCGUCAGGCUACCUACAGGAGUUCAAUGAUAUCCUAGAGCAGACAAACAUCGCCAUCGACCUCUGCGACCACCGGCUGACGAGAGAUGGGCAGCUCAGGGAUAAGGACUUUGAUGUGGAUGUCGAAGCCAAUGUAAAGGACACGGAAGAAGCUCUGGAGAACCUUGAACCAGACGUUGAGUCUCUGAUCCAGCAGGGAGAACAGCUCCUGCAGAUGACCCAGGCCAAAGAUCCCGCUCAAGCACAGAAGCUAGAGCUCAAGAUCAACGGUCUCAAGGAACGCUGGUUAACCCUGGAGAGGGAUGCUGAGAAGAGAAAGAAGACUCUCCAGGUGGUGGUUCCUCAGUGGUACCAAUUCAAGAACCAGACGGACCAGAUGGAGAGAUGGAUGGAAGGAGUAGAUGAACAGAUGAAGGAUGGGAUGGAGGAUGAGGAGAAAAUGAAGGCAAUACAAGGCCAGAUUGAAGAGAAAAGACAAGAGAUCCAGAAACUGAACCAGAAUGCCCAGCAGCUAAACACAGAUGGCGCCAGACAGGUUGCAGAGCCUGUGAUGCUGCGAAUGAACACCCAGUGGAGAGAAAUUGAGCAACGAUUCGCCCAGUUCAGGAAGCCAGUGAGGGAGGAGGUAUUCGUAGAACGGACAAUAACAGAAGUAAAGACAAGUUUCAAAUUUGAGAAGACCACCAUCGAGCAGAAGAGUGGGUCAGAGCCGCCGGCUGACUUCAGCCCGCUGUUAGCAGAGGCCAAUGCACUGUGUGAUAGGGUAGUUGAUACACAAGGCAUACUGAAGGUGCCUGAACUAACGGGAGCUGCCUUUGAAAGUUUCUCGGUGCAGGAGGAUCAUUUGAAGUUAGAGUAGGCUUUGAAAGGACACCUUGAAAUUGUGCUCAU